CAACUUUAAGGAUGCCGACUGCCGUAAAACACCAACGAAGAAGAAGAAAGAAGUUUUUGGUCGCCUGUCCGCGGAACUCAUGUAUGGUGUAUUGUCGGAACUGAAGUGAAGUGAAGGUUAUGACAAAUUAAUUUCUCAUUGUCACAGAAUAACUCGGCGGGAACAAGAGACACUGAGUCAGCACCAGGCACUGAGACAAGAUGGCGUCUCCGUCGCCGCACGAUCGCAGCCGCAAAGAAGACGUCGACGAAGAUGACCCCGUUGAACAGAUGAUAUCCCGCACUGGCUGUGCUGAGCUACACUACGCUGUGCAGGAGUGCAUGGCUGAACACCAGGACUGGCGAGCGUGCCAGAGCCAGGUCCAGACUUUCAAAGACUGCAUGAUGAAUUUCCAAAACGCCCGGAAAGAACAGCUGAGGAAGCAGCGUUUGAGCUCAACUCAGUCUGCAGCCAGCUGAGCUCAAACGCUGCACACACACACACACACACACACACACACACCUGCACACUGUGUGUGUGCUUGACAUGCUUGAGAUGGAAAGACUGCAUAAUUGAAUUAUUUGUAAAGAAAAUAAAUGAGCAGCUACAAAACA